AGCGCGCCCCGCCUGCCUCCGGGAGGAGCCCGCAUCCGCACAGCCUGCGCUGGCCUGUCCUAUGCGAGGCGAGCUCGGCAGAGGCGCGGAGCGGAGUUCUUCCUCAGGUGCUUCCUGGUUGAUAGUUGGAGCCGUCAAGCAACAUGCCGGAACAGAGCAACGAUUACCGGGUGGCCGUGUUCGGGGCAGGUGGCGUCGGCAAGAGCUCCUUGGUGUUGAGGUUUGUGAAGGGCACGUUUCGGGAGAGCUACAUCCCGACUGUGGAAGACACCUACCGGCAGGUCAUCAGCUGCGACAAGAGCAUCUGCACGCUGCAGAUCACUGACACCACGGGCAGCCACCAGUUCCCCGCCAUGCAGCGGCUGUCCAUCUCCAAAGGGCACGCCUUCAUCCUGGUCUACUCUAUCACCAGCCGGCAGUCCCUGGAGGAGCUCAAACCCAUCUACGAACAAAUCUGCGAGAUCAAAGGGGACGUGGAGAGCAUCCCUAUCAUGCUGGUGGGCAACAAGUGUGACGAGAGCCCGAGCCGCGAGGUGGAGAGCAGUGAGGCCGAGGCCCUGGCCCGCAAGUGGAAGUGCGCCUUCAUGGAGACCUCGGCCAAGCUCAACCAUAACGUGAAGGAGCUCUUCCAGGAGCUGCUCAACCUGGAGAAGCGCAGGACCGUGAGCCUACAGAUCGACGGGAAAAAGAGCAAGCAGCAGAAGAGGAAAGAAAAGCUCAAGGGCAAAUGUGUGAUCAUGUGAAGGCCCUUCCCGCGGGAGGAGCACUCGCCUGUCCCUGUCGCCUCAUCUUCCCCCUCCCGCGUGACACCCACAGUCGUCAGGGUAGCAUGUAAGAUGCCCACGUGUUAAAUAUUGCAUUUUGACCAAGACGUGCCCUAUUGUCCUUAAGAGGGUAUUUCACACCACCAACAAUAAGCACCCCCUCUCCAGAAUCAGGGAACCUCCCAGACGGUUAAAAUGAAAACCAACAUGCUUGGCAUCGGCA